AUGGGGAGUGGAGCCCAGUGGGAAGCCUGUGGCUGGGGGCUGGAAUGGUGGGGGCUGGCUGGUCACCAUGAGCUGUCCCUUAAGAAGGGUCAGAGGGUGCCCCCUCUCCCGUACCAGGAAGAGGAGACUGAUUCAUCACCAGAGAGAACUGUGCGCGCCCACCACCCGCACCCUCCGGGCCACACGGAAUCGAAGGCCAGACCCCGUCCUCGUGUGUUUAGUGAGGAGAGACCACGGAAAAGCUCCAGCCGGGAAGCCCGGGGAAAGCCAGUCGUCUACACCGGGAGCCAGGCCGCCUACACCUGCAGCCAGCCAGGCCGUCCAUACUCGCACCCCCAGGAGGUGGCAGAAAGGUGCUGCUCAGCCUUCAAGGCCUUCUGCUCUCCUGCUCGCUUCCCCACACCCCACGCGUGGCCGGAGCCUCAGUUUCCUCGUCUGUCCGCUCAACCCCAGGACUCGGACACGGGUUGGUCAGGGUUGGGGGGCGGCAUUUCGGGGCUUGGUAACGUCCCCCGCCCCGCCCCAGGGGACCGGACCUACCUGUCGCCUCCCCGCAGCCCGGCCUGCCCCGCCCACCGUCUCCGCCUAAGCCGGACGCCCCCUCUCUUCAACCCCGGACCGACGCCGACGAUGCCCGGGAGAGUUGGGGGAUCGCUACCCCCGGUGACCCGCUUCACCCUCCCAGGGGGGCACCCGCCCCUGCUCGCUGCCGCCUGUCCCCCCGACCCCCUUCACCCACCGCCCACGGGGGCGCCCUCUCCCGCCCCCUCCACAGGGACCCCCUUCCCCUCCCAACGACUCACCCCAAACACAGCGGACAGGCUGCCGCCCCCUUUCCUCCCUUGUCCCCCAGCCCCUCCCCCACCAGCAAACCUCCUGUCCAUCCCCCUGCCCAGGACAAGGCGGCCCCACUCCCGGCUGUCCCAGGACGCCGAGGCUCCUCCACUCUCCUCCCCUCCCCCACCCUGA